AUGAAAAUACGAAGGAAAUCUCUUGGUGUGCUAUUGAAACAUGUCGCGCGGUUCAAAGAACUUCACGUCGUAGCGGAUCUUUGGGAAGAUUCUUCCACACCGAUCUACAACCUCUUCGUGGAACCGGCACCGACUCUAGUUAGCUUGACCCUUCGUACAGACGGGAAAGACGUGACUAACGGGUCCCUACCUCCAAUUUUUGCUGGGGAGAUGCCCUCACUCAAAGAAUUAACCUUGGAGCAUUUCACUGUCUGGCCCACAACCUAUUUUCACAACCUUACCUCCCUUUCCCUGUCGGAUCAAGCCUUCAAUCGUCCCACCACACUCUCGUUUCUCGACUUUCUACAAAACUCACCUGUGCUUGAGAUGCUGGCUCUG